UUUAAUGUCGGCUUAUGAUUCCUUUAUCAUCACCGAUCACCGAUCAAUAAAUUUCCCCUCACCAACUGUUCCGAUCCAACCAGCAAAUACGCAGUGAGAUGAUGCGGGUCAGAGGGCUCGCCCGGUUAGCGAGGUCGGGCUACGCCCGUGGUCAAUGGGUCUACUCGUCUUUGGGAAGUGGCGAGAGCGCGCCGCUGCUGCUCGAGCAUUCCUCCCACUUUCACAACCCUCUUCAGUCUUCUCGAGAGGUUUUGGGUUGCAGAGUUAUUUAUUCAUGGGUGUCAAAUGCCAUUAGUACGGUUGGGCAACAGGUUCAACUUCAGAGUAGCUCUGCAGUUGAGGUCAGUACUUCUAAAGAAAGCCUAUUCAGUUCAGAUUAUAAUUCGAACAGUUGGAGUGGAGAAAACUGCGAUUUUGAUGGUUUCGACGAGUCUGGUGAAGAAGUAGAAGAGGGGAAGAGUGAAGAAGGCAGCUACGGGGAAUUUAGGGUAUUGAGUGCCUUUGAUGGGAACAGAGCGCGAAUCCAAGCUUCUAGAAGAAUUGAGGUGGACGAAGGUGAUUUGAGGCAUCCUUUAGUGAGGGAGAUAUGUAGGUUGAUUGAUCGCAGGGCAGCAUGGUCUCCGAAGCUUGAAUCGGAGUUGAAGCGAUUACUGCGCAGCCUGAAACCUAGCCAAGUGUGCGCUGUGCUUCGAGCUCAGUCUGAUGAAAGAAAUGCUUUGAAUUUCUUCUACUGGGCUGACAGGCAAUGGCGAUACAGGCAUUACGCUGUUGUGUAUCAUGAUAUGCUGAGAAUUCUGAGUAAGACGAAGCUAUGCCAAGGGGCUAAGCGAGUUCUUCAUCUUAUGAUUAGGAGGAAGAUUGAGCUCUGGCCCGAAGAUUUUGGUUGUGUAAUGGUGUCUUUCAGUAGAGCUGGUCAUCUCAGUAAAGCAUUGCAGAUGUUGAAUGUAAUGCAGAGAGCGGGAGUCGAGCUUGAUAUCUCCGUUUGCAACACUGCUGUUAAUGUUUUGGUGGAGGGGGAGAAGUUGGAGAAAGCAUUGAGGUUUUCGGAGAGGAUGCAGAUGGUUGGGAUUGAACCUAAUGUUGUCACGUAUAACUGUCUUGUUAAGGGCUAUUGUGAAAGGAAACAGUUGGAUGAUGCAGUGAAGCUGAUCGAAGAAAUGCCUCUGAAAGGUUGUGCUCCAGAUAAAGUUAGUUAUUAUACUGUGAUGGGAGUUUUAUGCAAGGAGAAAAGGAUUGAUGAACUGAAAGGGCUUUUGAAGAAGAUGUUGGAAGAGAGUAAAUUGCAGCCAGAUCAAGUCACUUAUAAUACUCUUAUUCACAUGCUUUGCAAGCAUUGUCAUGGAGAUGAGGCACUGGGGUUCCUACGGGUAGCAGAGGAAAGAGGGUUUCGUAUCGACAAAGUCGGGCACACUGCGGUAGUGCAUUGCUUUUGUCAGGAAGGACAAAUAGAUAGGGCUAAAGGUAUCAUUGAUGAAAUGCUAUUGAAAGGAUGCAGCCCUGAUGUUGUGACAUAUACUGCUGUUUUGAAUGGAUUUUGUCGCGUGGGGAAAGUUGACCAAGCUAAGAAAUUGCUGCAGGAGAUGUACAAGCAUGGUUGCAAGCCUAACUGUGUGUCUUACACAACCUUGUUAAACGGGCUUUGUAGGGGUGGGAACUCUUCGGAGGCGAGAGAGAUGAUGGACAUGAGCGAGGGAUGGUGGACUCCGAACUCUGUGACGUACAGUGUAAUCUUGCAUGGGUUUCGUCGUGAAGGGAAGCUGUCUGAGGCCUGUGAUAUUGUGAUGGAGAUGAUCAGAAAAGGGUUUUAUCCUUCCCCUAUCGACAUCAACCUAUUGAUUCAAUCAUUAUGUCGAGUUGGCAAGACAGAGCAAGCUAGGAAGUUAAUGGAGGAGUGCCUUAAAAAGGGGUGUGCUGUCAAUGUUGUGAACUACACCUCUGUAAUUCAAGGAUUUUGCCAAAACGAUGACUUAGCCUCAGCUCUAUCUGUGUUUGAUGACAUGUACUUGAAUAACAAACACCCCGAUGCAGUGACAUUUACAACGGUGGUAGAUACGCUAGGAAGAAAAGGUAGAAUUGACGAGGCUACUGAAAUGGUAAAGAAAAUGCUCCAUCGCGGUUUGCUUCCUACACCCGUCACGUAUAGAUCACUUAUCCAUAAUUUCUGCCAGCAUGGGAGGGUAGAUGAUUUGUUGAAGCUGAUGGACAAGCUGCUGCCUCGACAAAGCUUCAAAACAGCCUACAACCAAAUCAUUGAAAAGCUUUGUUGUUUUGGGCACACUGAUGAGGCUUACAAGCUCUUGGGAAGGGUUCUGAGAACUGCUUCCAAAAUUGAUGUGGAUACUUACCACAUUCUUAUGAGAACUUUCUUAAGGAAUGAGAAUCCUCUUGGAUCAUAUCAAGUGGCUUCUAGAAUGUUCAAUCGGAAUUUGGUUCCUGAUUUGAAGUUGUGUGAGGAAGUGAGUAAGAAGUUGAUUUCACAGAAGAAGCUAGAGGAGGCUGAUAAGCUUAUGCUGCGAUUUGUGGAACGCGGGCAUUUUUCGCCUAACAGAAAACAGGCUCUCCAUAGUUGAACUGCAAAGUUCAGCCAUUCUUCGAGAUACAUACUGGUACAAUGAUCUCAAAGAAGAUAGGUAAAUGCAGGCAUUAAGGAAACUGGUUAGUGAUUUGGAAAUCCUUUUUCGAUGGAGAUGGCAUCGAAAUCGAGCGCUGGUGGCAGUAGCAGCGGCGGUGGCAGUGGUGGCCGGAUUCGCGUCGGGAGGUAUGAACUUGGGAGGACUUUGGGAGAGGGGACUUUUGCCAAAGUGAAGUUUGCUAGGAAUCUUGAGACAAAUGAUAAUGUGGCCAUCAAGAUUCUUGAUAAGGAGAAGGUUCUCAAACACAAGAUGAUUGGCCAGGUAGCUGUUUUAUUGUUCUUCUUAUAUAUUCAGAAUCUUUUCAUUUUGAUCAACUCGAUUAUGUCAUGUUCUUGCACUAGAUUAUGGGUUGACUUUUCUUGUUCAUGUUGUCUUUGUUCAAUCCUUUUUUCUCUACAAUCAAAGGUCUCUCUAUUGAUCC